AUGGGAUUCAUUCUUACUAUGAAUGAAUUGGUAAAAUCAAAAAAAGUGUCUGAUUCAUAUUUAAUUUCCCAAACUGUGAAAAACCUUAUUGAACUGUUGAAUACACUUGAUCGGUGGAUUAAUGAGACUCCUCCCAUUGAACAACCCCAGAGAUUUGGAAACAAAGCUUUUCGAACUUGGUUUUCCAUUUUACAAGAAAAUGCUGAAGAGGAAUUAAAAAAAUGUUUGGAUCAAAAGUUUCAUAAGGCCAUUCCAGAAGUGUAUUUACAAGUAAUGCGAAAGUUGCAGCUGACUUAUCGUAUGGAACCUGCUGGAAGCCAUGGUGUCUGGAGCCUUGAUGAUCAUCAGUUUAUCCCUUUUAUUUGGGGAAGUGCUCAGCUAAUUGGUCAUCCAAGAAUUUUGCCCAAGUCAUUUAUUAAAGAAGAAAUUUAUGAAAAUUUUAGUGACGAGUACAUUUUCUUAGCGUGCAUUAAAUAUAUAAACCAAGUCAAGACUGGGCCCUUCCAUGAGCAUUCCAAUCAAUUAUGGAACAUUGCUGGAGUUCCCAAUUGGAAUAAAGUCAAUUCUGGUCUCAUUAAAAUGUACAGAGCUGAGGUACUUGACAAGUUCCCUGUGAUUCAGCAUUUCUUGUUUGGGUCAUUAAUGAGCAUUGAAUAUAUAAAAUCUUGA